AUGGCUCCCAGUGGACGGCAGCGACCUAUCCGCUCCACGCGCACCAAGGUCAAGACAUACCACGAAGACAGCACUUCUGCCGAGGACUUGGGUCUAGAACAGGAAACAAAUGUAAUGGCCUCCCGACCUCCCUCCAUAUCUCUUCGUCCGCGCACGUCAUCCGGAACACGUCGAUCGUAUCGCGAGCUGUCUUCAGAUACGAAUCCUGAAGGCUCACCCGACGACAGUGAUGCAAGUGUGCCGGAAGUAGAUCAUUCGAUGCGACUAUCAGAAAAUCCACCUGCUUCUAUCCACUCCGCCUCGGCCUCUCUCAACGCGCCUUCCCGUGAUCCGGAUCCGCGCCGCUCCCGCAAGAGCGAUGGACCUUCCCGACGCUCACUGCCAAAACGCACUACAACGAACCCCAGAAAACCCACAAAGCGAACCCUGGGCCAGCCCUUGAAGAAGCGCACUCGACUUGAUGUGAGCGAGGGGGUGUUUUUGAGCUCGGGAGUCAUUCCGCUCUGGUCAUCACUUCCAUACCACAUCCUGUUUGACAUAUUCCUGCGAGCGUCCCAUCCUCUCGUCGACGAACAGCUGAUGCAGCGGACAAAGUCAACUAAGUGGCUUCUUGAAAUGGCUCUUUCGUGCCGGCAAUUUCUAGAGCCUGCGCUUGCAGCUCUCUACUACUCUCCGCCUCUCAUUCCAGCCUCUAAGAGCUUCGAACUCCUUUGGCUUCUGUCAAAGCCGCAAGAGUCGUUAUCAAUUAACUAUUCAGCCAAGGUCAAAGAACUCCAUGUGGAUGCUGAAUCCGUACUACUCUAUAAAACAGGCCCACAGCUUGGCUAUUUUGACCUGUGUGACCUCAUCGCGACAGUACCGCGAGUGCACACGCUCAGGCUCUUCCAUAAAGAUGAUUCUAUCAUCGGCAUACCUACUUACACCCUCCCAGUUUCUAAGUGGGUCUAUCCGGAAUCUCUUUUCUCGAGCCUUGACGAGAAUAGCAUCGCUCUUCGCAGCUGGGAUUGGAAUGGUCGUUUCAUGACAAACGUUGAUACUCUCCUCCCCUAUAUGCUGGAGAAACAUCAACGAGCAGCAUUCCAGAAAUUGAAACAUCUCCGCCUUGUCCAUGUCAAUUGUUCUGAGCGCACCCAGGAGGAUAUCGCUUCACUAGAGACUUGCCUUGUUGCAGCACUACAACAACUCCCUCGGCUCGAGCAAUUGGAGUUCAUUGAAUGCGGAAUUGUAGGAAAGUAUAGUUUGCCUCGCCUACCAUCAAAGCUCCGCUCUCUUACUCUGACAAACUGCAAUCGGGUUUUCUCUCCCGGUCUCGAAGCAUAUCUAGAAUCCUACGGACGGCAGCUGCGGGAGCUAAGUCUCAGCCAUAACCGGCAUCUCAAAAUGUCGUUCAUCACCCAUCUUGCGCAGUAUUGCCCCAAGCUGGAGCGGUUCAAGAUGGACGUUUCUAUGCAUGACUGGUCAAGCUACCACGAUACUGAACUCCACUUUCAAGAGCUUCUGACUCCAUCUGAAGUUCCGACGUGGCCGGAGACCCUUCGGGAGAUCGAGCUUAUCCAACUCAAGAAACUCAGCGAGCCAACGGUGGAGGGGUUCUUCAUGUCGCUGGUCAAUGCUGCGCCUAGACUGCGCGACCUGCGCCGCCUUACCAUCACAGCAAUCCUCAAGAUUGGCUGGCGCGAUCGUGCUACCUUCCGUGAGCGUUGGAUCCACCGACUGGAGACAACAUUUCUGCGUCGGAGCGCCCCACCUGACCCCAACCUUCGUUCUUUGCGCAAGCGUCCCCUCCAGGCGAGUCAAUCGAUCGCUGAUGGAGAAUCGGCACGUCCAGGCUCUGCUGGCAGUGAACCCUCUACUCCAUCCAAGCGCCAGAGUCUAAGACUGGCACACCUCAAAGAUUCACUGUCUCGAUCCCCGUCCCCUGCGCCACAUGAAGAGACCCAGCAGGGAAUGUGCAAUUUCGUCAAAAUUCGUAUUGAUAACCAACGCCCAACGGAAACCCAGUUCAACGAGGCUGACUUCCUUGAUGAUGAGCUUAGUGGUGAUGAGGACUGGGCGGGCGAUGACUGGGAACCCCCGCAGCGCCAUGCCUGGUGA